CGGCGUCAUCCCGAAAAUAGCGCUCAAGCCAAUCAGCAGAAACUUUGCUUUUCUGGGCGGCUGUUCAUUGGUUGAUAACGCAGAGCCCGUUCUGUUGUCCAUAUUGGCUAUUGUCGCUGUCAGUCAGGGCCGUGGGUCGAACCUUACCCCACUCUUUGUCUGUGUAAGCUCUUGUUGUCUGGGAGAGUGGCAGAGGCACUGCUGUAGAUUGGUCACUGGGAGAAACCUCUGGUCCGUUGCUAUUGGCCCGCCCGCCGGCGGGCGUUGCUGAUUGGUAGGACCGAGCAAUCUGGGUCCUAGUUGGCACCGCUCUCCCCGGAUGGAAGCUCCGGCCGCGGAGUGAUGGUGGCGGCAGAGAAGAUGGGCCGGGCAGGGACCAUGGCAGAGGUGGCAGGGGCGGGGCGCCUGGCAAUAGAGGAGGCUGUGGUCUACAGGGGGCUGUAGGUGGAGGCAUGGCUCAGGCCAGCAGCGGGAACGGCAGCGAGGAAGCCUGGGGGGCACUUCGGGUGCCGCAACAGCAGAGUCGGGCAGCGUCUUCUCUUGAGGGAGCAAUUUGGAGAAGAGCUGGAACCCAGACUCACGCCCUGGAUGCCAUCGUUUAUCAUCCACAGCAGUCCCAUCUGCUUCGAGAGCUGUGCCCAGGAGUGAACAACCAGCCCUACCUCUGUGAGAGUGGUCACUGCUGCGGGGAGACAGGCUGCUGCACCUACUACUAUGAGCUCUGGUGGUUCUGGCUGCUCUGGACUGUCCUCAUCCUCUUUAGCUGCUGUUGCGCCUUCCGUCAUCGACGAGCUAAACUCCGGCUGCAGCAACAGCAGCGGCAGCGUGAGAUCAACUUGUUGGCCUACCAUGGGGCAUGCCAUGGGGCUGGCCCUGUCCCUUCCGGUUCACUGCUUGACCUUCGCCUUCUCAGCGCCUUCAAACCCCCUGCCUACGAGGAUGUGGUUCACCGCCCUGGCACACCACCGCCUCCUUACACUGCAGCCUCAGGCUGCCCCUUGACUGCUUCCAGUGAACGUACCUGCUGCUCCUCUGCUUCUAGCUGCCCUACCCACUGCGAGGGAACAAAUGUGGAAGGUGUUUCCUCCCACCAGAGUGCCCCCCCUCAUCAAGAGGAUGAGCCUGGGGCAGGGGUGAGCCCCGCCCCCACGCCCCCAUCCUGCCGUUAUCGACGCCUGACUGGUGACUCAGGUAUUGAGCUCUGCCCUUGUCCUGACUCCAGUGAGGGCGAGCCAAUCAAGGAAGCUAGGGCUAGUGCCACUCCACCAGAUUUGGAGGACCCUUGUGUGCUGCCCCUUGAUCCUGUGCCCCAGGUCUCUCCUGUGGGGCUAGCUUCCAGUGAAGGGGACAUCCCAUAAUCAGUUUUGGGAGGGUGGGUGGAUUACUGGCCCACCAGAAACAGCCCUGGCCCCAACUCCUCUGAGUUCUCCUUGGCCUUUCCCUGCCUCCUCGAAUCUGCCUGAAAGGGGUGGAAUCCUGAGGAGAGUGGCUGUGUUUGGGGGACUGUGCUAGCUCUACCCCCUAAAACAUACACAGAAGCCUUUGAUCUCAUUAAAGAGAUGUGAACCAGC